CCUCCCCCUUCCCUAUCCCACCACCGACUGGGGCGUCUUGACUAUAUUCCCAACCAAGGAUGGCGUCUGGCGGAGCGCCGCUGCGUCUUCACACGCGCUGCGAUGUGGGCACGUACGGCCGGGGCGAGAUCCUCUUUGUCGGCCAGACGUCCUUUUCGCCAGGCGUCUGGGUCGGCAUCGCCCUCGACGAGCCCAACGGCAAGCACGAUGGCGUUGUCCAGGGCAAGCGUUAUUUUACAGCCAACGGCGGACACGGCCUCUUUGUGCGAACGAGCCAGGUUAACGUGCUCGAUGAGGAAGAGGAGGAAGAGGAGCAGGCGGAGGCAGAGGAAGAGGAGGUGGUGAAGCCUCGCUCGGUCGCGACGUCUGCCUCAUCCAGACCCUCGACUGCCAGCCCGAUCAAAGGCAGAAUGUCGGCCAUCGGACGUACUCCUGGCACUGUCAAUAGACCGCGAACUUCUGCGAUGCCUCCUCCCUCUGCGGCAUCUGCGGCUGCGGCUCGACGCCUGUCGCCGACCAAGGGAAUGGCGACGCCAGCGUCGUCCCGCCCCGCCAGCACCACUUUUGGCUCUGCCGCGAGGCCAAGCAUCAGCCGCGCCCCAUCUGCUGCCUCUUCGGCCGCCUCUGGUUCGUCGCGUCCCACGACUGCUGCUACGCCUCGAACCUCGAGCUCGCUGGCCCGCAACGCAGCUGCUACGGCCACGCCCAGGACACCCGCCGCUGCUUCCCGCGCCCGUCCAACACCGGCUUCGGCGACAGCGGGAUCUGCAACGACGGCAUCGAGAAUGCCGGCCAGGACCCCAGGGACAGCAACAUCGAUUCGGUCUGCGCGAGCCAUGGUUCCCGGCAAGGCGCCCGACACGGCCACGGCGCGCGCUGGUCUCCGCCCAGUGGCCCACUCGAGGCCGUCAAUGACGCCUGCUCGCAGUGGUGCCGCCGCUGCUGCUGCUACUCCUCUACCGUCGAGGACGCCAGCGACUGCGACCACCAGGGCAGUGCCGUCGCAUUCCAGGGCAUCGGCGCAGCAGACCACACGACGUGUCACCAAUGACGAUGACGACGACGAAGAGGACCUGCUGGCCAUGAGCAUCGACGACGACGAUCCAAGCCGGCUCUUGCCGCCCUCGUCGUCCGACUCGGAAAGAGACGAAGAGGUCGACGUGCUCGACUCGCCCUCGCUCCGCAAGAGGCUUCUCAAGGAGAGAGACCACAUGUCUCUCUCAUCGGGUCCCGGCGCUACGGCCUCGUCUUCCACCGGCGGGACGCAAGCCGCGAGGGCUGCUGCCGCUGCCGAGCUGCAGAGGGAGGUCGAGGAGCUGCGUGCCAAGCUGCGCAUCGCGGAAAAGAAGCGCGAAGAGGACCGGGAGAAGAUGCGCGAGAUGGAACUCGUCAAGAACGAGGCCGACCAAUUCCUCGCCGUCAAGCCCAAGCUGACGGAGCGGCAGGCAGAGUUGCAGAACGACCUGCGCGACUUGCGCAAGCUGGAAAAGGACUGGACAACGCAGAGGGAGGAGCUCGAGAGGCAGCUGGCCGAGGCGCAGGACCAGGCCGAGAUGGCGCUGCUCGACAAGGAGAUGGCCGAGGAAAAGGCCGAGGCGGCCAUGGUGGAUCUGGAAGCAGAGAAAGAGAAGGCAGAGGAGCUGCAGAUCGAAGUCGAGGUGCUGCGCGAGGAGAAUGCCCUCUACGAGCACGGCGGAAGCAACGAGGCUGACAAGUCUUCGCCGGGCUACCUCCAGCUCGAGAAGCAAAACGAGCGCCUCAAGGAUGCUCUCAUUCGUCUGCGCGACCUGACGACGGAGAGCGAAGGCGAUCAGAAGCGCAGGAUCGCUGAGCUGGAGAAGGAGCUCAACUCGCUGUCAGACCUGCAGCAGUCGUAUGAGUCGGUGUGUGGGCGCUUGGAGACGUCGGAUGCGCUCCUCGAAGAUCUCAAGAUCCAGCUCGACGACGCUCUCGGAGCUGAAGAGAUGCUCGAGCAGCUGACGGACAAGAAUCUGAUGCUCGGCGAGAGGAUCGAGGAGAUGCAAGUCAUGAUUGAGGAUCUGGAGGCCCUCAAGGAGCUCAACGACGAGCUCGAAGAGACGCACGUCGAGACGGAAAAGCAGCUCCAGGAGGAAGUGGAUCUCAAAGACAUGCAGCUGAGGGAACACAAGGCCCGCCACGAAUCGCUGCAAGCCAAUGUGGCCGACUACGAAUCGACGUUUGCCCAAUUCCGAGAGCUGGUGCUCAAUCUGCAAACGGACUUGGAGCAGCUUCGGAGCGAACAGGCCGAGGCGCGGGAGGCUGUUGGCGACGGCAAGGAUCUGGCGAGCCAGAGCCAGGCAAUGCUCAACCUCAACAUGAAACUGCAGUCUUCCAAUCUAAAGUCACAGGCCAAGACGAUCGACUUGGAGCUGGGCAAGCUCGAUGCUUCGCAAGCCCUGAGCAACCUAGACAUGAUCCGUCCCUACCUUCCUCCGGCCUUUUUCGAAGCAGACGCUGACGCGGUUGCCAGCCUCCUCUUCUUCCGCCGCAUGGCCCACAAGGCCGACUUGAUCAAGACGAUCGUCGAGGGCAAUCACGACAUUGCGGGCUCACUGGCCUCUGUCGUGCCAGAGUCGCUCAUCGGUAUCUGCCAGAUGCGCCACUCGCUCGCCCACUUUGCCGCAUCAUCGAGGCAGAUUGCCGCCGUGGUCCAGUAUGCACCCGUCGAGACGUUCCUCAAGGCAGGCAGAAUGUACCGCGAGCUGGCAUCGAUUGAGAAGCGCAUCGAUGGCUUCAUCGAGGGCCUUCGUCGGGAAGAGGUCAAGGAGGAUGAGUGCGGCAGGGAGUUCCGCCGCUUCGUCAAGAGCUUCGAGGAGUUCAGCUUUGCAUUGGGAAGCAGCGGUUGCAUGACGGGCGAAGAGGAUUGGGAUCUGGCGGCAAAGGAGAUUGGCUCAGCCACUCUCUUCGACCACGACCUCGAUACGCUGGCUGCUGCGCUGGGCUUUGCAAAGCAGAGUGUCGCUUCUCUCUACAACGACGAGGAGAUUGAGUGGGAGCUCGGUGGCAAGUCGGUGGAAGACGACGUCUUCGAGCCGCUGCAAACGCUCAUCGACAAUGUCCGAGCGGCCAAGGUGCCUGCCAGAAAGCUGCUCCGAAGACUGGCGAGCCUCUAUGCCAACGACGAAGCCGUCGAGAUGCACGCCAUCCUUUCGCUCCCCGGACUUGGCCAGCUAAGUAGCCAGCUCGUGAGCUUUGCCGCCCAGCUUGCCCAGUCGUUGGGCGCAUAUACGGCCCUCGUUCGGACCUCGAAGACGCCAUUGAGCAUGGCCAAGGUCAUCGAAUACAUCACCGAGGCUUCCCGCGAGGGACUCGGCAAGGUCGAUGUCAAGCUCUGGUCCAGCCCGCUGCAGUCGACAGGCCGCCUGAGUCAGACGAUACUAGAGCUGCUGGCCGCUGCCACGGAGCAGGAGAAUGUCGUCAAGAUCACCGGCUCCUCGCCCUGGCUGCUGCGAGUCGAGCAGAUCAAGGCCGACAUUGCGCACAACGUCGAGGCAGAACGGCAGAUUGCCAAGCUCAAUGAAGACGCCAAGGACCUGUACCGGCAGAUCAAGGCGCGCGACGAGGCGCUGCAGGAGGGCGCCAUCAAAGUCGAGCGGCUGCAGCGGCAGCUGGAAAAGAGCAAGGAGGAAUCGCUGCAGAUGAACGACGUCAAGAGCAGCCUGAGCGAGAUGCAGCGACAGGCCAAGGCAUACCAAGAGGGCAACGAGGCACUGCAAAAGGAGCUCGAGGAGAUGCAGAGGACAAACGACGGCCUGGCACAGCAGCUCAGGUCUGCGCCUGCUCAGGCAGGAGGCGAGGGCACCAAGGGAUCGGCAGAGAUGGAGCGCGGGGCGAGCGCAGGCGGCAUCGGAGUUACAGGGAACAGCUUCAUGGGCUCAUCAAGCCUCGAGACUUCGUUCCUCUUGGACCAGGUCGAGAGCCUGCGAGGCUGUCUUAACCAUCUGAGAAGGGAGAACUCGUACCUCAAGAGCGGUGACCUGCUGAAGAGGAUGGAUGCGUUGCCCCUCUUGCAGUCUCGACCAACGAGGGUGCGAGAGCAGUCAGAGGAGCCCAAAAAGGAGUCUGGUGUGCCGGUCAGUCGAAAGGACGAGGAGGCCAAGAGCUUUGCCUCGGCCGUGCUCGAGACAAAGGUCCUCUACCGCCAGCUGCUCGACUCCACCUCGUCGCCCCGCGUCGUGCUGCUUCCAGGCGUCAGUCUCGAGAAGGACGCAAGCCAGCCUCAACCUGAGCAGCAGAAGUACAGGAGAAGAUGGCAGCCGAGCGCCAAACUCCCAGAGAACCAGCUCUUGGCCCAGAAGCAGGUGCGCGAGAGAAUACGAUCGAGAGUAGAGGCGCUCAAGGAGAGAUUACCAACGAUGGUGGCCAUUUAAAUGUAUUAUAGAUCCUCUUUGGUGCAAGAGCACAACUCCCAUACGCACACAC